AUGAGAACAAAAUUUGAGGAUUCAUGCGAUGAUCUAUACAACACGAGACCUGGAAAGAAGCCAUGGGACCUUGGGCGUAAAUACACACUCUACUCAACCCGGCUCAUAAAAACCAAAAUACUGUCUACAAUUGUCAAUAUAAUUUUCUUCUUCUUCUUCUUCUUCUUCUUCUUCUUCUUCUUCUCUGCCUCUUCCUAUUCUCCUUUCCCUCCUCCUCCUCUUCUUUUUCUUCUUCUCCUCCUCCUCCUCUUCUUCUUCCCUCCUCCUCCUCUUCUUCUUCUUCUACACCUCCUCCUCCUCUUCUUCUUCUUCUCCUCCUCCUCCGCCUCUUCCUAUUCUUCUUCUCCUCCUCCUCCUCUUCUUCUUCUCCUCCUCCUCCUCUUCUUCUUCUCCUCCUCCUCAUCAUCUCCUUUUUCUACACCUCCUCCUCCUCUUCUUUUUCUCCUCCGCCUCUUCCUAUUCUUCUUCCCCUCCUCCUCUUCUUCUUCUUCUACACCUCCUCCUCCUAUUCUUCUUCUUUUUCUUCUUCUCCUCCUCCUCUUCUUCUUCUUUUUCUUCUUCUCCUCCUCUUCUUCUUCUUCUUUUUCUUCUUCUCUUCCUCUUCUACACCUCCUCUUCCUCCUCCUCUUCUUCUUGUUCUUCUUCUCAGCCAAAAUUUAUGAUUUUUACCUAAUGGAACAAUCAAAAUCGAAGAAAGACGUGUUGAAUCUCUUCUACAUCUAUCUAUCUAUCUAUCUAUCUAUCUAUCCAGUCUGUUCAUAUCUACAUAUCUUUCUGUUCAUAUCUAUCUAUCUAUCUAUCUAUCUAUCUUAUCAAGUAGACCUCACACUGCGAUCUAUUGAGACUAAGCCAUCGACCGACUCGAUUAGUGUUCCUCGUGGGACGAACAAUGCCGACACAGGAAAUGUGGUGAACACGUGUCAGUCUGUGAACACCUACGUCCCGUCGAGGGGCCCAAUAAGACAAGAAUUAACAAGGUUCUUGCCGGUCGGCCGGUCGCGGACUGGGGACGACGUGCAGCCAGUCGUCCGUCACUCCCACAUGGUCGGCCGCGUGUCAGAGCGAAGAUGGACAAAGUUCAUGGUAAUCAGCCAACCAGCAUCAGUGCGACGUGAUGGGGACGCCUCAGCAGCAGGCACCGCCGCCGGUGGCCGGGCACCUACCGCUCGCUUAAUGGUUCAUCCAAGCAAUUCUCUGUCACUGUGA